AUGCGGUCCGAUGGGGGAGAUGCCGAGGAAAAAUGCCCGGUAGACCAUCGAACACGAGAAGCAUGGCUUCAAGCAGCAAAGGCGAACAAGAACAAGCCAACGCCUACAUCAACACCAUCAACAUCUACGACACCACCACCACCACCACCAACCCGCUUCUCCCUCGACACCUUCACCUGGCAGUCAUCUGAAGCUCCUCCGAAUGCUCGCAAACUCCGCCCUCUCCCCACCGACCGCGAGAUCUCCUCCAUUCCCCGCGCCGUCGUGAGCGACCCUUCCACCCUCAACUCCGCCGAGAAAGCCGCCUUACCAACCCCUCCUCGCAACAAUGAAGUCGAAACUGGUCACGACUCCUCCUCGGGAAACUGGAUCUACCCCUCCCAAUCGCAAUUCUUCGAUGCCAUGAAACGCAAAGGCCAUGUCGCCAAUCCACAAGACAUGUCGUCCAUCGUACCCAUCCACAACGCCGUCAACGAGCGCGCCUGGACCCAGAUACUAGAAUGGGAAAAAGGCUGGGGUGCGGAAAGGUGUGGAGGACCGAAACUGCUCUCUUUUGCUGGGGAUAGUAAGAAGAAGACGCCCAAGGCGUAUUGGAAUAUGUGGGUGAUGGGCUAUUCCGCACCCUUUGAUCGCCAUGAUUGGGUGGUGGAGAGAUGUGGGAAGAAGGUGGAAUACGUGAUCGAUUUCUACAAGGGGAGGGAUGCUGAGGGCAUGGGUGUGCCGUUGAGUUUCUUCCUGGAUGUGAGGCCCAAGGUGAACAGCUGGGAGGGUGUGAAGAUGAGGAUUGCGAGGACUUUUGGGUUUUGAGCAUAUUCACUUAAGAGUCGGGAUGGUGGGUGACGGGGAUAGGGGAGGGUGGAUGGGCUGCGAUGACUGCCACACGCGAGCCUUUCUCUCAAUCCCAUACAGCCACGUCUCGAGAGCUGCCGCGGACCGUGAGUGGGCACGGAGGAAGAAGGCAAAAUGGCAAUGACACCGAUGUGCGAUUGUUGGCUUGUCGCAGACAGCUGCGUGAUAUCUGCCAGGAACGAUUCUCGCGCCAAACGCCUUGCGGUGGGCUCGACAAAUUGGCAUGGACUCAAGUGCAACGAUGCGAACGGCUGCUCCACAGAGCGGACACGAGACAUGGCCUCAUCCUGCGAUGAGGUGGUCCGCAUCUCGACAGCGGCCUUAUGAAAAGCACUCAUUACGCGCACCCUCCAUUGCCAUUAUCCUCUCAUCAACCAAUGUGCCUGAAAACAGGAUCUCUCUCAAGCAAGCUACCAGCAUUUCAAAUCCGCUAUAUGCCUUGGCGACAGAUUCCACCCAUUCUGAGCAACCGGUAUUCCGUCCGAAAUUGCAUUUGGCAUCGCUGUAUUCGUUGCCCUUUUCCUCGUCAGGCGAACCUAGCAAUAUAAGGCACGACUUGUACUGAUACCCCCGCCCGGGGAGUGACGAGAAGCCCGACAACUUCGUAGACAAGUGUUGUCGUCAAGAUUCGAGCGAGCAUACCACACGUAGAGUGCAU